AUGGUUCAAGAAGGGGGUACAUAUCAGCUUGAAAAUGCAAUUGUAGAUUUUAAUGAAAGUCCUUAUAAGGUAACUUCACACAAACAUAAGCUUAGUAUGAUGCACAAUUCAACUUUUACCAAAGUACACUUGCCUGCUAUCCCUAUGAACGUUUUUGAGUUCAAGCCAUUCAAUGAAAUUCUCUCUUCAACUGUCGAGGAAGUAUCUACGGAUGUUAUUGGUCAUGUAAUUGAAAGAGGUGAUAUAAGGGAAACUGAAAAGGACAGAAGGAAAAGCAGGGUUAUUGAUCUCACUUUAGAAGAUCUUGAAAACAACCGCUUGCAUUGCUCUCUUUGGGGUGAACAUGGCGACAAAAUUGUGACCUUUUUUGGCAACCAUGACAACGACACACCUACUAUAUUGAUAUUGCAGUUUUGCAAGACACGCGUGUAUUUAGGUGCUAUGGGAGUUGUUAAUGCCUUUAAUGGGACUAAGCUGAUACUUAAUGGCGAUUUGCCUGAUGUCGCUGCGUACAUGACACGAAUGAAAAAUGCAUCAAUACAGUUCACCCGAAGUGUCAGCCAAAUUUCAACGAACAGCUCCGCGUCUUUAUCAGAUGACUUGCUCAACACUAACCGAAUGACAAUUGAAAGCAUGAUUGAGUCAACUGAGGUUGUACGGUGGCGUGUGAGAGUUGGUAUUGGGCAGGACUUUCGACUGUGCUGCAAAGACGAGUUGGAUUUGAGAGCAGUUUGGCAGAUUUUAUUUUUGACAUAUGUUGUUCAGAAAGUCGAGACAUUGCUGGUCGGGUGGCUUUCCAUAUUUGGUAAAUUUGGGUUGCACGUAAUGAUGUCAUUUGGAAUGAAGCUCAUCAUACUUCAAGAAGCAUUGGGAGGACAACUCUAG